AUGGGCUCGGUGCUGAGCGGCGACGGCGGCAAGCCCGUGCCCGCCGCGCCCCCGCGGGCCCCGCCGCGCCGGCCGGACCCCGCGCCGCCCGCCCCGUCCUUCGACUGCGCCGUGUGCCUGGAGGUGCUGCACCGGCCCGUGCGCACCCGCUGCGGCCACGUGUUCUGCCGCUCCUGCAUCGCAGCCAGUCUGAAGAGCAGCAGGUGGACCUGCCCGUACUGCCGGGCCUACCUCCCUUCCGAAGGAGUGCCGGCCACAGACGUGACCAAGAGGAUGGAGUCCGAGUUCCAGAACUGCGCCGAGUGCGGCGCCCUGGUUUGCCUCAGCGAGAUGAGGGCGCAUGUGAGAAGCUGUCAGAAGUACAUAGAUAAAUAUGGACCUCUGCAAGAACUUGGGGAGACAGCAGCAAGGUGUGUGUGUCCAUUUUGCCAGAAGGAACUGGAUGAAGACAGCUUGCUGGAUCAUUGUGUUAAUCAUCACAGAUCAGAAAGGAGACCUGUGUUCUGCCCACUCUGCCGUUUGAUACCUACUGAGAACCCUAGCAGCUUCAAUGGCAGUUUGAUAAGACAUUUGCAAGUCAGUCACACUCAGCUCUAUGAGGAUUUCUUAGAUUUUAAUAUAAUUGAAGAAGCUCUUAUCCGAAGGGUAUUAGACCGGUCACUUCUGGAAUAUGUGAGUCACUCAAACACCACAUAA